AUGGCCGUGCCGGCCGCGGAUAACGACCUCAUCAAUUUCGACAUAAUAGAAACUCACAAGGAAAACAUCCAGUCUCUGCCUGGAGGACGAUCGGCAAAGCAGCUAGCUUCCAUCCUCGCACCGCUCCCGACCAGCAAGGCAGCCGGCGUGGAUGCGGAUGCGGAUGCGCUGCCGACACUGAGUGAGACCAAAACACUCAAUGAUGCCAUUCGACAAGAAUAUGAAAUCGAGCUGCAGUCAAUAGCAGACUCCGACGACCCUCUCGACAUCUAUGACCGAUAUGUUAGAUGGACUUUGAAUGCAUAUCCGUCCGCACAGGCGACGCCACAAUCACAGCUCCUUCCCCUGCUCGAGCGUGCGACAAAGGCCUUCCUCACAUCACCACACUACAAGAAUGACCCCCGGUACCUAAAACUGUGGUUGCACUACAUUCGCCUGUUCUCCGACAGUCCUCGAGAGACCUUCACAUUCCUUUCGCGUCACGGGAUUGGAGAGGGGCUGGGUCUGUUCUAUGAAGAGUUUGCCGCGUGGUUGGAGAGUGCAGGCAGAUGGAUACAAGCAGACGAAGUGUACAAGCUGGGCAUUGAAAGAGAGGCGAGGCCGACAGAGCGGCUGGUGCGAAAAUACGGCCAGUUCCAGCAACGCUUCGAAGCUAGGCCACAAAGUGACAACGAGCCCAGCUCACCGGCUCUUCCGACUGUUCGUCCCGCGCUGGCCGCAAAGAUCGACCCUUUCGCUUCCGCCCCCCCGAACGAUGAUCCGCAAGGAGCUCGCCAACAGAGUGCUGGGAGAGGUGGCUCGGGAGCGCCUUCGCGUACUGGGAAGCCAAAGAUGGCCAUUUUCUCCGACGCAGACAGUGCCGCUCCUGCACCGACCAAAGCCUCGGCCAACAUCACCAAUGGCUGGGAUAAUAUUGGGUCCAUGAGGGAACGAAAGAAGGAGAACACAAUUGAAGCUCGACCUUGGGCAGGGGAGAAAUUGAAGGCAGGGGGGAGAGUUGGGACGGUGCCGAAGAUGGAAAUCUUCAAAGAUCCGUCACAGGAGCUUCUCCAGCCGUCCCGGGCGUCCAGGCAGAGGAGUGAGGUGGUAAACCCUCGUACCGGCCGUGCAGAGCGAGCGUUCGUCAACUUCGAGGCAAUUUACCCCCGUGAGGGCAACGAGGAGUUUAGCUUCGAGGAAUUGCGAGCCAUGUCGCGAGGCUGGAUGCAGAAGGACUGGAGAGCAGGGAAACCACCAGCCCGGUCGUCAGCCAGCCCAUUAAAGUGCACAUCGGGGAAUAUCAUGGCCGCAGCAUCACCGAGGCCCAAGUCGAAACCGAGCAGGUCAGAAGAGGCGGAAGAUGUUGAAAAUCUGAGCCACUCUUUCCGACAAAAGCUCGAGUUGACCAGUGACAUUCCCAAUCCCAGUGUUCAUGAUUUGUCAACACAGUCGAUGGUUGGGAUGCCCGAAUCCAAUCUACCACCACAACCGCAGAACGCCAACAAGAGGGAAAAGAAACUCAAAGUCCGAGAAGUCAAACAGGAGACCGUAACGGUCAUGACACGCCUAGAGUCGCCGACGGGAAAGAAGCUGAAGAGAAAGAAUUCGGCCACGACGGAACCAACCAUGACAUUCCAUUCCAAAGCAGCUACUAAUGACAUAUACGACAUGUUCAACCAGCCUCUCCGUAGACCCGAGAUGGCGAGAGAUGAUACGCAGAGCGGCGACGACGCCGACUUUACUGAGGGCGAUGUAGACGAAGGAUAUAGUACCACCGGGGACGGCGAGAGUACAGGGACCGGCCGAGUGUCCGGACCCGGUAGUGAUUUCGGGGAUGAUACCUCCUCUUCACUGCCGCCUGAUGCCACCAGUACCCAAAGCCAAGCUGACAGUGUUUCGCCCUGGUCUGAGUUCACCACCAGCAAACACGUGCCUCGCCUCGCCUCGGUUUCCGGUAGCUCUGGUAAGAUCAAAGGGUCAGGCUCGUCCAGCAAAGGGCCGGGCAAGUCCAAGCUCAAGCACGCUCACAAACGUGUACUGAGCGACGAUAUGACCGAGAACAUGGCUUCAUCUAGUCAGAAUCCUACCCAGACUUCUGGUUUGGGAGGGUUUGAUACCCAGGCCAUUGCUGCCAUUGCCGGGGGCAACUUUGACGACAUGGACACCAAGGCAAUUGCCAUGCUUGCUGGUGAUUUUGAUGACGAUGGCGAUGAGGCAGACACAAUCCAGAACCAGGACCCGGGUCAGGAUCAGGAUCUGGAUGAGCAGGGCGCGGGCGCGGGCGUCAACGAAUUGCCAGAACGAGACGGGUCACGACACAGUGAGCACGAAAACAACGACAACACGUCUCUGAACCACAACAACAACAACGUGACGACCCCGGUGGACGACGUGUUCACUGAAAUCACCCACAAACCUCGCUUCAUCCCCCUCCCGCCGGAGGAUUAUGAACCCACCCCCAUCCGACCGUAUCGAGAUCCAGCCUUGGUUGCUCAUAACAAGCUGCCCUUCAUGACGCCGAUUGUAGAGCGCACGGAGAGCUCGCUUGCUCCCUCGACCGUGUUCAACGAUCCUGACUACUUCAAUUCCAAGACACCAAGCCGGUCAGCCAAGGAGGAGGAUGAAAGCCCGUCAAAGCUGAAGAUGGAAGCCCUGCUGAUGAGCAGUCCGCAGCAACCUGCCACUCCCUCGUCAGCUGCAAAGAGAAAGCUUGAUGAAGCUGAUGAUCGGGAAGAGGAGGACACAGCAGUCACACCGCAACGCAAGAAAUCACUCCACCACACCAACGAAAACUCUCCUGUCCCGUCUCCAGCAGGCGCAAAGAAUACAAAGCCUCUCAAGGUUGAGGACACUGUCUUUAAGACUCCUGCAGUGCCCACCCAGUCUCCGGCGAGGCGCAUCCUUCAACCCGCCAAGAUACACAAAGGGCCUAUUGUUGCCGACCUGCAAUGCAACCCCUGUGACGACGCGGUGCGACAGCAGAUCCUGGCCGCUGUCCAUCCGCCUUUGUCGUCGUACACUGGCUAUCACGACCACUCGGAUCACGUGUACAACCACUACCAACCUCUCAAGUCCUAUGCGGAGAAAUUGGGCAAGAGCAAGGUCAAGGCCAGCCCGAGAAAGAGUCAGAGCGAGAAGACAUGCAGCAAAGCCGUGCCACCGAUUCUCAAGUUCCAAGGCACCGCCCGAGUUUAUGCGGUCAAGCGACAACUGGGAGAGGGGGCUUUUGCACCGGUUUAUCUGGUCGAUAGUUACGACCCAACCGAGACGGAGACGGCGAUUGGCGAGGAAAGUGACAACAAAGAGAACGUCAGCCCCAGAGGGUUGCGCACCAAAUCCUCGCGUCAAGACCUGGAAGCCCUCAAAACCGAGGCUCCUCCUGGCACGUUGGUCUGGGAGUUCCACAUCCUGCGCCUCAUCCGCCAGCGACUAGGCCACGCCGCGCGGGCAGUACAGUCCAUCGUUGACGCACACGAGUGUCAUUUGUACCGCGACGAAGCAUACAUUGUACUAUCGUACAGUCCGCAGGGCACGCUGCUGGACCUGGUCAAUCUGGCCCGCAGCGAGAAUGUCAAAGCUGGCAAACUGGCGGAAGGCCUGGAUGAAACGUUGGCCAUGUGGUUUGGCGUGGAGUUGUUGCGGACCCUGGAAGACCUGCACCGGAUCGGCAUCUUACACGGCGACCUGAAAGGCGACAACUGUCUCGUCCGCUUCGACUCCUCGGUCGACCUUUCCGGCCCUUUCGACCCGAGCGGCAACCACGGCUGGAGCGCCAAAGGACUGAAGAUGAUCGACUUCGGCCGGGGCAUUGACGUGCGCAUGUUCCAACCCAGCGCCCAGUUCAUUGCCGACUGGCCGUCGAGCGCUCAAGACUGCGCGGAGAUUCGGGAAUGUCGGCCGUGGAAAUGGCAGAUCGACUACCACGGCGCGGCGGGCGUCAUCCACAGUCUCUUGUUCGGCAAGUACAUUGAAACCGUGCCUCUUACUGCCGCGAGUGGCGGUCUGGCUCUGGGUCCGCGACAGAAGAAGGAGUGGAAGUUGAAGGAAAACCUGAAGCGGUACUGGGAAAAGGAGCUCUGGCAAGAGGUGUUUUCCGUCUUGUUGAAUCCCGGUUCUGUCAGUGACCAGGAAGCGAUGCCGAUCGAGGGCAACUUGAAGCGAGUGAGGAUGAAGAUGGAGAAGUGGUUGGUGGACGAAGGGGAGCGAGGUGGACGCGAUUUGCGAGCAAGUCUGAGGAAGAUGGAGAGACUUGUGGCUAUGAAGUGA